UUGCAGAGCGAAAAUAAAAUACCGUGACAAAAUUGCAAUUUCCUAUUUUUAUUGGUUUACGAAGUAAAUCAAAUUAGACAAAGCGGAAUAAAGGGAUCGCCGACGAGUCUCCGCCGCCACCGUGAAUGGAGGGAGUAGGGGCAAGACUCGGCCGGUCCUCUACGCGGUACGGCCCGGCUACUGUGUUCACCGGUCCGGUCCGUAAGUGGAAGAAAAAAUGGAUCCCCCUAACGCCGCCAAACAAUAACAAUACUAGCAACCACCACCAUCACCAAACGGCGGCGCCCAACGGUGCCGGUAAUGGAAAUAACGGCUCUCACCUGUUGCUGUACAAGUGGACGCCCAUAACUCCCAGCCUCAACGGCAACAAUGGUUACGGGAAUGGGAAGACUAACGGUGACAAUAAUGAGGAGUCAAAGAGCUCGCAUAAAGACGACGCCGUAGCUGUUGACGAGCCCCCCAAGCGUCAAUUCAAGUAUAUCCCGGUGGCUGUCCUAGAAGAGCAAAAGAAUGAGGUGUCAGAACAGGUUGAAGAUGAAGUUAAACCUAUGGAGACAGACACAGAUGGUAUGGAGCCAACCUCUAAGAAUGAUGGUUUUGACGAGAAACCUGAUAUCAAUGAUGUUCCCGCAGAAGAAUGUCAGGCUUCAGACAAUGAUCCCGUAGGACGGCAAGAUCUAAAUGAAAGCACAUUGGACUUAAGCUUGGGCUUGAAGGCUCAUGAUGGAGAAAAUGAUUCUGAUGCCAAAGUAGAGCAGAAUAAAGAUGGAUAGUUGGCAAGAAUGAGAAUGCGUCAGGGAAGGAAUAGAUGGAUGCUAAGCUACAGGGGAAGCAGAAGAGGAUAUUAAAAAUUCCUAGCAGUGCAGUCCCAUUUUUACCUCUUGAAGAUGCUCUCUGUUAACUGAUCGUGUCGGUUAGAGCAAGACUACGACAAAAAUGUAUGCCUGUAAUAUUAGACUUACAUUGAUGCUUCCUCAUUUGAGAACAUGGCAAUUUGUAUCGAUUAUGUGUACCAACAGACAAUCAAUUUUUUCACCAAUCUAAUGCAUUCUACAGCUGCAGUUGGACAUUUUGGACUUUACC